AAAAAGAAAAAAAAAAGAUUUGGCAACUUCUGGUAUGCAUCUAUAAAUAGCUCAACAUCAUUCCCUUUGGAACAACAUUUUUCAGAGUCCAAAAAGCAAAAUAGAGUUUUCGAUAAGUAGUUUAAAGAACCAACCUUUGUAAUAAUGGCUGAUCAAGAAGUGAAGUUGUUGGGUGUAUGGGCUAGCCCUUUUAGCAAAAGGGUGGAGAUUGCACUGAAGAUGAAGGGAAUCAGUUAUGAGUAUGUCGCGCAAGAUUUGUCUAACAAGAGCCCUGAGCUUCUGAAAUACAACCCUAUUCAUAAGAAAGUCCCUGUGUUAGUACACAAUGGAAAGCCAAUCUGUGAGUCUUUGGUAAUUCUGGAGUACAUCGACGAGACCUGGAAGUCUGGACCUUCUAUAUUGCCAAAAGAUCCUUAUGCACGAGCCAUGGCUCGUUUCUGGGCAAAAUUCAUCGAUGAUAAGUGUUUCCCUUCUAUAUGGAAGAUCAGGAAGAGCCAAGGGGAGGAGGAACGAGAGAAGGCCAUCGAAGAAGCCAAGGAGCAGUUGGCAAUACUUGAAAAUGAGCUCAAAGGCAAGAAGUUCUUCAGUGGAGAUGAGAUCGGCCUAGUUGACAUUGCUGCUAAUUUUAUAGCGCUUUGGGUUGGCGUCGUGCAGGAGUUGGUGGGGGUAGAAUUGCUUACGAAAGAGAAGUUCCCCAGAUUAUGUGAAUGGAGCGACGAUUACCUUAAUAGCAGCAUUAUUAAGGAAACCUUGCCUGCCAAAGAUGAACUAUUAGACCGCUUUCGCGCUAUGUUUCAACGAACGGACUAAAUGAUUAAUGCAUUCCUGUGAUUCUGUUCUCUGCAGCAGCUCAGAGUUACUAUAAGAAGUUUCAAAUAUCUUGUUUCAUAUGAUUUGGUGCAGUGAGUGUGAAAUGAAUAAUUUAGUAGUCUGUUUUUAUGUUAUGUUGAAGUAAUAGCUUUUUCGUGUUGCUUAUCAAUAAGAAUGUCUGUUAUCCA